GCAGGCGUACGGAUGACAUUCAGGCUGAGAAGAGCCAAGAACGGGUUCGAUGAGGAGACGGACCGUUACCCGAAACGAGGAUUCACCCGGCUUCCGGAUCUCGCGAGAGAAGGAAGAGAGUCCAGCGCUCUUGUCUUCCUAAACUGGCGUUUAAAUACUUCCAACAGGUUCAGUGUAUGGGGAGUGUUCUUUGCAAACAAGAUCAAAGAACCGGGAAGAAUGAAUUGCAUCGGGUCUUUUUCCUGACGAGGCCGGCUGGGCAACUCGCUUGGAAUUCCUUGCAGCGUCUCACUUUGGGAAAUGCGCAUUUCGCUCGUCAUUUUAUGUGCACAGUCGGACGCAGCCUCCUGUCAUGCUGCAGUGCGGUUGUUGUUGGGUUCGUGAAGGCAAAAUGUGACUUGACCUCGAUAAAACAUUUUCCAGUGGAGGAAAACUAAAAGGGCUGCCUAUUUCUGCGGGUGCGGUGCUGCUGGACUUUUUGGAGGGGGCGGGGGUUUGGUUUUGAGCUACUAAUGAGAGCGCACGGCGGCGGGGAGGGGGCUGCCGUGCCGUGCCGUGCCGCUGAUUCGCUGCCGUCCGCUGCUACGUCGCGUGGUGCAGGGCGGCAACGCGCGUUCCGGUCCGUCGAGCACGCGAGCCCGCCCGCCCGCCAGCCAGCGAUGAUGCCGACGCGAACGUUUCGGGCUCUGCUUUGCGUGUUCCUGUGCAGCGGCGCGGCCAAGAGGCCUGCCCGCUGCCCUUCGACAUGCAGCUGCUCCAAGGAGUCGGUCGUUUGCGUCGGCUCCUCUUUUGUGCCCAGGAUGAGCCCCGGCCACGCUGAAUUGUGUUGUUUGACGUGUGUUUGCAGGAGCAUCGUCAAUGGCACUUUCUCAGAGGUCAAAGAGGCCAUGUUUACGCACAUGCCCUCCCUCCAGCUGCUGCUUUUGAAUUCCAAUUCCCUCACCACCAUAAGGGACGACGCAUUCUCUGGCCUCCCGCAUCUCGAAUACCUGUUCGUCGAGAACAACAGGAUCGAGAGCGUAUCCAAAUUCGCCUUCAGAGGACUCCGGGACCUCACCCACUUGUCCCUGGCGGACAACAAGAUCGAGGCCCUGCCUCGAGACCUCUUCGACGAGCUGGACUCUCUGAUCGAGCUGGACCUGCGAGGCAACGCCUUCCAGUGCGACUGCCGAGCCAAGUGGCUGAUGACGUGGCUGAGGGGCACCAACGCCACCGUGACCGACGUGCCGUGCGCCGGACCGGAGCACGUCCGGGACGAGCGCCUCAACGACAUGAGCUUGGAAAACGACUGCGUCUCGACCGAUUUCGUCCUUCAUCAGACCGUGGCCACGGAGUCCCUGUCCGUCGACACGUUCGGCUACAAGGACGACGUGUUCGUGGCCGUCGCCGCUCCCGGCGCCGAGAGCUGUAUGGUCCUCCAGUGGGACCACAUCGAAAUGAACUUCAGGACUUACGAUAACAUCACAGGUCAGUCCAUCGUGGGAUGCAAGUCGGCGGUGAUCGACGACCAGGUGUUCGUCAUCGUGGCUCAGCUCUUCGGCGGCUCGCGCAUCUACAAGUUCGACGAGGACCAAAGCACGUUCGGCAAAUUCCAGGACAUCGAGGUGUCCAAGAUCUCCAAGCCCAACGACAUCGAGGUGUUCCAGAUCGGCUCCGACCGCUUCUUCGUCAUCGCCGACAGCUCCAAAGCGGGCCUGUCCACUCUCUACAAGUGGAACGACAACGGCUUUUAUUCCUACCAGUCCCUUCACGAGUGGUACCGCGACACGGACGCCGAGUUCUUGGACUUGGACGGGAAAGCGCAUUUGGUCUUGUCGAGCCGCUCGCAGGUUCCCGUCAUCUACCAGUGGAGCCGGAGCACCCGUAAGUUCGCGCUCCAGGGCGAGAUCCCCGACACGGAGGACGCGGUGGCCGUCAAGCACUUCCGCGUCGAGGAGGAGCUCUACCUAGCCGUGACGCGCUACAUCGGAGACUCCAAAGUUCUGCGCUGGGGCGGCAAACGGUUCUCGGAGAUCCAGGCGCUACCUUCGCGCGGCGCCAUGAUCCUCCAGCCGUUCUCCUUCAAAGAGCGCCGCUACCUGGCCCUGGGAAGCGACUACACCUUCUCGCAGAUCCUCCUGUGGGACGAGCGGCAGAGCGUGUUUGAGCGCUUCAAGGAGGUCUACAUCCAGGCGCCGCGAUCCUUCACCGCCGUGUCCACGGACCGCCGGGACUUCGUCUUCACGUCCGGCUUCAAGGGGAACACGCACGUCUGGGAGCACGUCACGGUCGACUUGAGCUCGUGAGCCUUCUGCGAACCACGCGCGGCGGGUUCACGUCAGGGUUGCGAAGGGCUGGAAAAUGUACGCGUGCGUGCGUGCGUGUCGGGUCCAUUUCCACGGGAAGUUAAGCUGGCCAAUUUUGGAAAAGUAUCGUAGUCAAACGGAAAUAGGAACUUUUUUUCUCCUAAGCAGACAUUCAUGCAAAAUAAUACUAUGGCAUUUAAUCGGAAGUAUAUUGACUUUGAAGUAUUUGAUGGAACAAUCCAUCCUUUUAUUGAAGAGCAAAAACAGGAAUUUGGAGUUCAGUAUUAUGCACCCCCCCCCCCCCUUUCCAAAAAGGUCAAUGAGAAGAGCCCCUCCCCCGUCAGAAAAGCUGAAAUCAAACAUUUCAAUGAAAAAGUGUUUCACGGAAGUUCAAUACGCGUUCAAUGUUUCAAACUUUGAAGCAGUCACAAGAUUGGAUCCAAAUGUUUCACGCCAAAACUGGCUCGUACUUCGCAAGCGGACUGUGCUGAAUUUCCCCCAAACCCCAAACAAAGCAGCGACUUGAAUUCUUAAGAUUCUCUGCGUAGCUCGAGGGGCAGCCCGCUUUGAGAAUCGGCGGCGCGGCGCGGCCCGAAUGCAAUCGAUAUUCAGCUCGACUUGAAAGAAAGCUUCCCGUUUUAGUUGUGAAUGCUCAAAUUGAUGUUGUGCACGUUUCCUAUUACUACGAGCCAAACUUCCAUUUUGUAAAUUCCCGCUUUAUCGUCAUGAAUUAUUAGCAGCGUCACCUUUGCUUCUCGUGCGCGGGGAACGUCUCGAAGCGCAAACGUGGGAUUGAAGACGCGUCAUCCGCGUCGACACUGAAGCCGGGAGACGUCGCUCGUCGUCGUGUCACUUCAACGCGUUGCCAUCUUUGUGCCCCCCAAAACUCGAGGACUGAAGCGUGCGUCUCAACAGCUUUGUGCGGCGAUGUCGUCAUGUUGCAGCCGCUCGCCACAGCGUGAAAGCAAAUCUUCGCCGUGAAUGAUGAUGAUGAUGAUGAUGAUGAUAUCCAAGCGGCACGGAUCGUCCGAGCUUUCCCGAUGUCGACGUCCCAAUAAAAGCGCAUCGACUAUUACUCCUCGCUGUGUUCGGGUUCAGAGGGGUCACGUGACAUUUGACCCGGCCCAAUAGCUAUUUUGCGACUUGGCCCGAAACUAUGAUAUAUGUACUAUGAGGGAGCACAGUGGUGAGCUCGUGGCUUCCCUUUUCCAAAAACACUCGAAGUUGAACAACUGCUUGCUGUUUUUGAUGCGCUUCAAACCCAUGCGUUCACGCACGCACGCAUCCUUAGAUUCCGCACAGAGUCACGCACACGCACACGCACACACCGAAACGUGAGAAGAAGAAGAAGAAGAAUCUUUUAUUGUCAUGAACAUGCAUGCAUGCACGCACACGAAAUUUGUUCUCUGCAUUGAACCCAUCACAGUGAACACAUACACAUGUUAGUGGAACACACUGGAACAGCUGAAGCACCCGGGGAGCAUUUCGGGGUAGGGGUUUUGAACCUAGGUCCCCCACGGUGGCAGGCGAUGAUCUUAACCAUUGGGCCACGGCCGAUGGAACGAAACGGAAGCCGUCUAAAAGUCAGACAAUCUUUUGGUGUCGAUGGCGAGUUUGUUGGCCUUAAGUGAGCUCGAACGGUCACGCUUUAAAAAACGGCCAUGUAUAGAAAGGCGUUCAAAGGAAAGAAAAAAAAAAAAAAAAAGGUCUCAUGGACCAUGUGACACAAUCUAACAUAGAAAGGCGUUCAAAGGAAAGAAAAAAAAGAAAGACUCAUGGACCAUGUGACCCAAUGUAACAUCCAAUUUUAAUCAGGGAAAUGUCCCUCGAUGAUAUUGUAGAGUGAUCCCAUAAAUAAACGGUAAAGAAGGAA